AUGGUUGACAAAUAUCUCAAUCCCAUCAAGUAUUUCAAAUUCUUGAAUUGCUGGCCUAAUCAACCCUCCUUUAAGGAAACUGUCAAGGAGUGCUGCAACAGACCAAUUGCAGGCAAUCCAAUGUGGAGCUUUCACCAAAAUAUGAAGAGGCUUGCCUCCACUCUUAGCAGUUGGUCUAGAAUUCAGUUUGGAGACAUCUAUGCUAGAGUUAAAAAGUAUGAGGAGGAAGAAGGAGAUGUGAACUCUAGCUACUUUCAUGCCUUGGUUAGAUGGAGGAGAAGGAAGCUUUACAUUCACAAGAUCCAAACUGAUGAUGGUUCUUGGGUCCAAGGAGAUGCUGAAAUUCCUGAAGCUGCAUGUAACCACUUUCAAGAAAUCUUAACUAAGGGGGACAAGUACAUUCAGCAACAGGCCCUUCAGUGCAUUUCUUCAAUGAUUACUGAAAAGCAUAAUAAAGACCUCCAAGACAUGCAUACUAUGGAUGAAUUAAGAACUAUUGUAUUUUCAAUGAAUCCAAACUCUGCAGCAGGUCCUGAUGGCAUGAAUGGAAAAACAUUUCAGCUGUGCUGGGAUAUCAUCAAAGAGGAUUUUCUGAGUGUGGUCAAUUCCUUAUUUUCUGGACAGGCCAUGCCUAAGUUCUUUACCCACUUUGUUUGGUUCUACUCCCAAAAGUAA